AACAAUAAAAGUUUUCGCCGACGCGUCUGUCCUUCCGUCACCACCUUCUUUCGACCGACGACCUCAAGCGCACUCUACCGCCUUCGCGCUUUCUCGUCUGUGGGUUACUCUGUGGGCUACUCUGGGGAUCGCACGUCUUUCCGAAGCGUCAGAACCGUCUUCUUCUACAAGCGUACUACCGCCUACGCGCUUCUAUCUGUGGGCUUUCCGGGGGCUACAAGCUGUUCAAACCGUCACAUCUACAUUCGUGCUCCAACGCAUCAAACCAACCAACCCAAGUUCCCAACAAUGGCGUCCAGAAGCCGCAACUUCUUGCCGCUGUCCUCGGUCAUCUUCAGGCGCAGGUCUGAGCAAGACUUACGCGAUACGACUCAGUCCACCAACUACCAGCAGUCCGCGACUACAACUGCACUCCUCGACAACAUCGAUGAACAGGCCGAUGACGACGACGAUGACGAGAUCACUGCUCUUCCCUCCACGGCCCCGUCUGCGUCCUCCAAGGCUUCCCAGAAGAAGAAGAAGAAGGCAGAUACCGUCACGCCGCCGGCCAACCGCGGCACCCCGUCCCCCGGCCCCGCCACCACCCAGGUGGGCGCCGUCACUGAGCCGAUCCUCCGCCGAGAGGUGGAGUCGGGAUGGGACAAGUGGGUUGCCAAGAUGAAGAAGCCGUUCAGGAGCAUCAAGGCACGCCUCGGAGAGAAGAAGCGGCCACGCCCGCAGAUCAGCGGUCCCACCAACUUCCAGCACUCGGAGACCGGUGGAAUCGUCGGGAUUAGGGAUGAGCGCGGUCGUCUCCCGCAUGAGCGCGAGCGCGAGCAGCAGCGAGGCGUUGGUGGUGCGAGGGUCGAGCUAUGAAACGGCUUGAGCAUGGCAUCAGGGGGGCUGAAUAGCUUCACGGCCUUUUCCAACGGCGAUUGUAAGAAUACAUCAUAGCAGGAGACACCCCA